UCCAGUUGGAGAAGCAGAAAGUUUCCAGUGUCUUGAAGAAGACGGCCCCCGCAGCUUUCCCGAGAAGUUUUCCCAGGGCCGUGGCCUCAGGCGGACUGCGAGCCAGGAUCACUAGCCAGGGGCGGUCCAGUGUUCUCACAACCCGGGCCCCACGUGUUUGUAAACAGGGCACGGGUGAAAACCCGGAUCCCUGCUGGCUCCGCCCGAACGCUCCCCGAGCUCGCCGGCGCAACCUCCUCCGCCGCUCCCGAUCCGCUCUCCGGGUCUUCCCGGCGCCCAGGCAGGGGCUCCCAGGGAGAGAGGAAGCGGCGCUGCGGUCCGCGGGGCUCAAGCUGCUCCCCGCCAGAAUUUUUCGUUACCUUCUUAUGUGGAGAAAUCUCCAGCUGCUCUGAUGAUAGCCUAAGAAGAAUGCGUGCUGUUUCCUCUCGAUGCCAAGCCAGGCCCACUCAGAACCUCGAAUCUCAGUCCCUCAUGGAGACCGGGUCCCAGCAGGAAUGGCAGUGCAGGAAAUUGGCACCCAGAUGGUUCUUCCAGGUGAAGUUGUCUCAGACUCUGGGCUGACGAGAGAACACCCGGUAACCAGGUUAGCCCUCUGUCAGUUACCCAGGGCAGGGCAGCAUGGUGCGGAUUCAGAGGAGGAAGCUUCUGGCAUCUUGCCUGUGCGUCACAGCCACCAUCUUUCUGCUUGUCACACUCCAGGUCGUGGUUGAGCUGGGGAAGUUUGAAAGGAAGGGGUUUCAAAGUUCCGAUUUGCAAGAUGGACAUACAAAAAUGGAAGAAGCACCUACGCAUCUUAAUGCGUUUCUUAAGAAAGAAGCAUUAACCUUCAACAGGAAAAGAAAAUGGGAACUGGACAGCUACCCCAUUAUGCUCUGGUGGUCCCCGCUGACGGGGGAGACCGGGAGGUUAGGCCACUGUGGAGCAGACGCAUGUUUCUUCACCAUCAACCGGACCUACCUGCAUCAUCACAUGACAAAAGCAUUGCUCUUCUAUGGUACUGACUUUAACAUAGAUAGCUUACCUCUGCCUCGGAAAGCCCAUCAUGACUGGGCUCUUUUUCAUGAAGAGUCUCCGAAAAACAAUUACAAACUUUUUCAUAAACCUGUCAUCACCUUGUUUAACUACACUGCCACGUUCAGCAGGCAUUCCCACUUGCCGCUGACUACCCAGUACUUAGAGGGCAUUGAAGUCCUGAAGUCACUCCGAUACCUGGUUCCUCUGCAGUCCAAAAACAAGCUUAGAAAAAGCCUUGCUCCGCUGGUGUAUGUACAGUCAGACUGUGACCCACCGUCAGACAGGGACAGCUAUGUUCACGAGCUGAUGACUUACAUCGAGGUCGAUUCCUAUGGUGAAUGUUUACGAAACAAAGAUCUCCCUCAGCAGCUGAAAAAUCCAGCCUCUAUGGAUGCCGAUGGCUUUUAUAGGAUCAUUGCACAGUAUAAGUUUAUCCUGGCUUUUGAGAAUGCGGUUUGUGAUGACUACAUCACUGAGAAGUUCUGGAGGCCACUGAAACUGGGGGUAGUCCCUGUAUAUUACGGAUCCCCCAGCAUCAGAGACUGGCUUCCGAGUAACAAAAGCGCUAUUCUUGUAUCAGAAUUUUCUCACCCCAGGGAACUGGCAAGUUACAUCAGACAACUGGAUUCUGAUGACAGAUUGUAUGAGGCCUAUGUAGAAUGGAAGCUGAAGGGUGAGAUCUCUAACCAGCGACUUCUGACAGCUCUCAGGAAACGGAAAUGGGGAGUGCAAGACAUCAACCAGGACAAUUACAUCGAUGCAUUUGAGUGUAUGGUGUGCACCAACGUGUGGGAUAAUAUCAGGCUUCAGGAAAAGGGCUUACCACCCAAAAGAUGGAAGGCAGAAGAUACCCACCUGAGUUGCCCAGAGCCCACGGUGUUUGCCUUCUCACCACUCCGGCGUCCAUCAUUGAACUCUUUGAGAAAGAUGUGGAUCUCCAGUUUUGAACAAUCCAAGAGAGAAGCCCAGGCACUAAGGUGGCUGGUUGAUAGGAAUCAAAAUUUUUCAUCUCAAGAGUUUUGGGCCUUAGUAUUCAAGGACUGAUUUCAAAAGGAUCAGAAUGACACGACGUAGAGCCUUCUUGAGGUUUAUUAUCUAGGUUGCCUUAAUAUUUGAACAUAAUAGCCUUUCUGUUGACUAUCCAUUAGGAUAAGAAUUAGUUGCUGCAGUACUCAUAAUGAGCCCUCUCAAAGAAUAGAUGUAAAUUACCCUUAGGGGUUGCCUCUAUAUAUUUUAUACUAAACAAGGAAAUAUUUCUUAUGGACAUUGGUUAUCUUCCAUGUCCGUGUCUGUGGACCCACAUACUUACUGCCUUUUGUGGAAAUUCACCUAGAGUGAGCACUUCCCUUGUGCGAUGGAGGCUCAGGAUCUAGCUGUAGAUUCUUGAUACUUACCUCACUCUCAACAGCUCAUUGGUAUUUGGCAAGCCCAGUGUCCUGCAGCCGAGCAUGAACAUGAAAUACAUUAGAACUUGGCAAUGAGAGAUCCCAUCUGUUGGUUUCCAGGGAUGUAAGUGAGUAAUAAAAGCUGUUUCAAGUUUA